AUGACCAUUCAGUACACCUUUGGUUCUAGAGUCGGACAUUUCACACACGUGUUUGUGGACGAAGCAGGACAGGCCAGUGAGCCAGAAUGCCUUAUUCCUCUGGGGCUGGUCUCAGACGCCAACGGCCAGAUUGUCCUUGCCGGAGACCCCAUGCAGCUCGGCCCGGUUAUCAAGUCCAGACUCGCCAUGGCCUACGGGCUGAAUGUGUCUAUGCUGGAAAGACUGAUGUCUCGGCCGGUGUAUAUGAGGGACGAAGACGCUUUCGGUGCCUGUGGCGCCUACAACCCCUUGUUGGUGACAAAGCUCGUGAACAACUACAGAUCCCACCCAGCUCUGCUGGCACUGCCAUCCAGGCUGUUCUACCACAGAGAGCUCGAAGUGUGCGCAGACCCCAAGGUGGUGACCUCCCUGCUGGGCUGGGAGAAGUUACCGAAGAAAGGCUUCCCGCUCAUAUUCCACGGCGUGAGGGGCAGCGAAGCUCGUGAAGGCAGGAGCCCGUCCUGGUUCAACGCGGCCGAAGCCGUCCAGGUCAUGCGCUACUGCUGCCUCCUGGCCAGGGGCAUCUCCAGCCAGGUGUCUGCAAGCGAUAUUGGUGUGAUCACACCCUACCGGAAGCAGGUGGAAAAAAUCAAAAUUCUUUUGCGAAAUGUUGACCUGAUGGACAUAAAGGUUGGAUCAGUAGAGGAGUUUCAAGGGCAAGAAUAUUUGGUCAUCAUCAUCUCCACCGUGCGGUCAAAUGAAGACAGGUUUGAAGACGAUAGACAUUUUUUGGGUUUCUUGUCCAACUCAAAAAGAUUUAAUGUUGCAGUCACCAGACCCAAAGCCUUGCUGAUUGUGCUGGGAAACCCUCACGUGCUGGUCAAAGACCCCUGUUUUGGUGCAUUACUGGAAUACAGCAUUACGAACGGUGUCUACACGGGGUGCGAUCUACCUCCCGAACUGCAGUCACUGCCGGAGUGA